AUGUCAUCCACAGUAGUACCGGGCCAAUACCUUGAACCGGAACUCAAGCCCCACCAUGGUGAGAACGGUCGUGAGAUCUUCCGCUAUUACCCUGGAAAAGGUACUGCCAUUCUGCACAUUCAAUCUGGAUCCACAAUGAUCCCCGUCAUCGUGGCUACCGUACUUGGAAAACAGCUAGUCCAGGAAAUAACGCCGAGAGAAAAGGGUCAGGACAGCAUAGAGGGUGAAGAACCAAAGGCAGAAAACGCUGAAAAGGAUCAUGAGGACUCCAAGACGAAAAAAGAUGAUUCUGGCGAAGAUGCUCCAGUACGCAACUUCUUGGUUUCUGUCGUGAGUGGAAACUCCAAUGAAUUCUCCAAAUACGCUCGUGAAAUUGAAGCUUCUGCAUCUGAGGCUGUAUCUGCCACAUCUACCAAUUUACCUCGUGAAGGCGACGAGGUGCUCGUGAAGAUCACCCGUCUCAAUCCUAAACAAGCAUUUUGCGAGGUUCUCUGUGUCUACGGCCAUGGAAACGUGCUUUCAGACGGCGGAGAAGGCGCAAACGGAACAUCUGCAAACUUCUCUUUGCCUCUGGGCGGUGGAGCCCAACUUUUAUCGUCAUAUGGUGCUGUAGCAUCAUUCCAAGGUACAAUGUUGGGUGCCCAACCUCUAGAUGUUGGUGAGACAUUCAAGGGCAUCAUCAGAAGCCAGGAUGUGCGUUCGACAGAUAGAGAUAAGGUCAAGAUCGCUGACUGCUUCCGUCCGGGCGACGUGGUGAAGGCUGCCGUAUUGUCCUUGGGAGAUGGCUCCAACUAUUAUUUGACUACCGCCAGAAACGACUUGGGCGUUGUAUUCGCAAAGAGCGAAGGAGGAGCCGGCGAUUUGAUGGUUGCUAUCGAUUGGGAGACGAUGGUUUGUGAGAAAACAGGGGUGGUGGAGAAACGUAAGUGUGCUAAGCUUUUUAAUUAG